AUGAAACCGGAAGGUCAAACGCCAAAUCCGACAGUGGUAUUGCUGUCGAUUAAAGCAAUGAACAAUGAUCCAGUAGCGUUUGGACCCAGGAAAAUUGGUUCUUUCCUCACGGAAAAUGAACAUAGUGAAAACAAAAUGUAUGUACCGUCAGGAUACACAGUUCAUAUUUAUCCUGACGUGCGCAAAAGCGAAGUGCCAUCUGAGGAAUCGACAUGUCACAAUGGACAGGGAAUCAUCAGUGAAGGGUAG